GCAAGUGCAAUCUGUAGUUUUCCGGCAUUGUUUUUGUUUUAUUUAAAUUGAAUUCGUUCUCAAAAAGAUGUAUACUGUCGUUCAAUUCGUUGAAAAUCAAAAAUUUAAAGUGAUGGCUGUGCCGUCAGGAUGGGUAAAGAAAAAUUAUUUAUUUUGGCCCAAACUAUCGAAUGUAAAGAUCGAAGCCUUGCGUGUCAGCGGAGAUGCUUAUGAUGGCCCCACAAAAAAAAUACCCAUGAUUAUAUUUAAAAGGUUCAAAAACCUUUUACUAGCGGAAGAAGCAGCCGAAGACCUUUCGAAACGGGAAGUUUCUGACGUAGACAACAAACGAAAGCGUCUCAAAGGGAUGAAAAAACCGAAACUAGCCAGCCAAAAGGACUACAACUUGAUGAUAAAAGAUUGCGGCAACAUGACGCAAAAAGUUUUUUUCGAGGCCAACAACAGCAAACCUGAAAAACCAAAACUGCUUUCACACGGCGGUGAUCCUGUUGAAAAUCACAACCCACAGCUGGUGAACUACAACCAAAGCAACGAAGAAACGAUGAGCUACGAGCAGAUGAAAGUAGACUUAAAGAAGUUCAUGGAAUCGGCUGUCGAGGAAGUUGUUGAAAGAUGCUUUCAGACUAAUUUUGCCCGGUUUGCUGCCUUAUUGGAGAUUCAGAGAAAGGAUGAUUCUAUUGAGCCACAACCUGUGGAUGCCGUGGAAAAACAUGCUCGUAUUAGCACCGAAGACGAGCUAGCUGACUGGAACAUAAAGCUUAACAGCAAAGAACUAUGUCGAAAAUAUUUGGAGUAUUUCUCAAAAAUUAUUAUCCCCAGCGCCUAUAAGGAGAAAGGUGACAAUGCUUGUUAUACCUUAGUGGAUUGUUUGUUUACGCGGGAUUUUUGGACUAAGAUGACGUGGACCGGAAUCAGUCGUGGCAAUAAAGCAAAAAGGGGAUUUCGUGAAUACGGAAACGUGACCCAGCUUCUUUGUAGCAUUGUGCAAAUUGGAGACCCAUCAUAUACUGCACGUAAACUGGAGAUGUUUUGUCGAAAUCGCCUUUUCAGAUAUUGCAAGUCUCGGUCUACCAAUCGUCAGCUUAGAAGGUCUGCAUGUAGAAAAAGACGUGGCUACAAAUCACCGAAGGAAACGGAAAAAACGCGCGAUGAGGAUAAGAGAACAGGAAAUUCGAAUGAAUCAAUUUUUGCCGAAAGCAUGGAGAAUGAUUCUGAAUUUAAUUCAGACGACGAUAGCGAGGAUGCUGGAAUGGAGUCAACCGAUGAUGAAAAUGAAUUUGAGUGCAGUGCCGAAGACGAGUAA